AUGCUGGGCUGGAUCGAGCGGGUGGUUCCCCAGCCCCCGGUGCCUCAUCUGACAGAGGAGAUCCCCCCGGCCCCAGUGCGGGACCCGGAGCCGGCUAAGGCACCGACACGAAAGGCUGGUGGCCCUGGGGAUGCUGCUGCCCACGCACGCACCGAGGGUAAGCCCCCUCAGCGGGGGACGCGCUGGCUCGGGCAGGGGACCGGCGUCACUUUACCAGCUGGUCCCCCUCCUGCCCGGCACGCCGGGGGGCUGGCGGAGCACGUGGGGAGCAGUGUACUCUCCUGGCUCUCCCAGGGGCUGGAGAAGGUGAUUCCCCAGCCGGUUCCGGCCCCAGGAACACUGCAGGCGCUCGGGAAGAGCUUCGAGAUGAGCAUCGACGUUCCCGAUCAGACGGAGGUCCAGAUCCUCAAGGACGAGGAAGUGGAUGCUUUGGAGAUAACCCCCUUUGAUCCCGAGGAGGACGAGCUGGACGGCGGCGGGUCGGAGACUGGCAGCUGCGGGCCGGAGGCUGGCUCAGAUACCAUGUUGGAGGAGUGGGCAGGAGCGCGGGUGCUCAGCUGGCUGGUGCAGGGCUUCGAGAGGAUUGUGCCACAGCCGGAGACGCCGAAAAAGCCAGAGCUGGAGCUGAGGGAGCAGAAGGGCAAAGCUGUGGCAGGAGGCACAAAAGGGACUAAAACCCAGGCAAAGUCAAAAAGCAGCGUUUCGGCUGCCCAGAGCCUCCCAGGAGCAGUGGAGCCAGUAGUGGCUGAGGAGCAGCCGGAGCCGGUGGCCACCCUCAUCCCUCCGUCGCUGGCUGGGGACGGCAGCAGGAUGUUUGCCUGGUUCGUUCAGGGCUUGGAGAAGGUGAUGCCACAGCCGGUGACCAGGGAGAAGCAGGACACACAGGGAGUGGCCGCAGCAACCUCGAGUCCCGUGGAAGAAAUUCAUAUUGUCCCUGGGGAACCCGAGGAGACCGACCUUGUCCUGGAAGAGAUCAAUGAUGACUGGAUUAAUGAAGCCACGUGCGAGAUGAUGGCCUGGGGUCGUGAGGCCAAGCUGGUGGCAGAUGCUCAUCCCUCUUCCCCCCAUACAGGAGGAGCCUCAGGAAGAAGAAAACAGACUCUGUGGUGUUGGAGUGGCAGAGCCAUGAGUGCAAUGCUUCAUGACGCCCUGCAGAAGACAGCUGAAGCAUGGUCUGCUUCGGCUUUCCCUGAGCAGAUUUUGGCCCUAAGACCCCUGCUCCUGUCGCCUUGUCUCACCGCUGAUGAGGGUGUGGAUGAAGUCUACUUCACAGAGGAGGCCCUCAGGUUUGAGCAGCUGGAAGAAGCUGAGAUAAGUGAUCUCGAGAGUGCUUUUGUACAGGUGGAAGAGGAGACAGCUGAAGCUGCUGAAACUGAUGCUGAAGGUAUAAUAUAUAGCUGCGCGCCUAGCAGCAUGUCUGAGCGUGCCCGAGACGUUGAGCUAGAUCGGCUGGUGCAUGACAAGCCGCUCGACGACGGGGAUGCCUCCCCUCCUGGCCGCGGUGCGCUAGAGCAGCUCCCCAAUGUCCCCAGCUACCGAGCCACCGCUGCCUCCCGCAUCCCCGUCCUUGUCGCCAGCAAGCCAAAGGCUGGAGUUGUCAACCCCAAUUUUUGCAAUGAGGAGCAAUUCCCCCUAGGUAAUUACCCCGCCGUGGACAUCAAGGACGUGGACAGCGGAGGCGAUGCUGUGGAGAACGACGGUACCCACUUACCGGUGCCCACCGCUGGCGCUCCCAACAUGCUGGCGGUGCCCGGCGCGGCUCCGGCAUCCCCCAGGAGGAGGCUGCUGGCCCCGGAGAAUGGUCUGGACGAGGGACUGGUGAGCCAGUCCCCAACCCGAGCGCUGCUGGGCUGGGACGAGGAGCAGAGGGAAAGCCUGCCCGAGCGCAUCAGUUCAGCCACGAGCCUGAGCAGUGCCAUCAUCAACACCCGGCUCCAGGAGCUGGUGAAGCUCUUUAAAGAGAGGACCGAGAAGGUGAAGGAGAAGCUGACUGACCCUGAUGCCACCUCGGACGACGAGAGCCCUACGACGUCCCCUGCCAAGCCGGCGCCUGCGGCAGCACCAGUGCCCCCCCCGGCAGGGGAGCCGGAGGGGGACAAGCCGGCGGAGGAUGAGCACUACUGCGAGAUGCUGUGCUGCACGUUCAAGUACCGGCCCUGGCUGGACCAUCUGAAAAACUACCGGUUCCCCAGCAGCAUUGACCCGCUCACCAACUUGAUGUACGUGCUGUGGCUGUUCUUCGUUGUCAUGGCCUGGAACUGGAACUGCUGGUUGAUCCCUGUCCGCUGGGCUUUCCCCUACCAGACGCCAGCAAACAUCCACUGCUGGCUGGUUGUGGACUACCUCUGUGACCUCAUCUAUCUGCUGGACAUCCUCGUCUUUCAGACCCGGCUGCAGUUUGUCCGGGGGGGAGACAUAAUAACUGAUAAAAAGGCCAUGACAGAGAACUACCUGAGAUCACAGCGCUUUAAGAUGGACGUGGUGUGCCUCCUGCCCCUGGAUUUCUUCUACUUCAAAGUUGGCGUCAACCCGCUCCUGCGCUUUCCUCGCUGUCUGAAGUACAUGGCCUUCUUCGAGUUCAACAACCGCCUGGAGGCUAUCCUGAGCAAGGCGUACAUCUACAGAGUGAUUCGGACCACCGCCUAUUUACUGUACAGCUUGCAUGUGAACUCCUGCCUCUACUACUGGGCAUCAGCCUAUGAAGGACUGGGCUCUACCACCUGGGUCUACGAUGGUGAAGGAAACAGCUACAUCCGCUGCUACUACUGGGCAGUCAAAACCCUCAUCACCAUCGGGGGCCUGCCGGACCCCAAGACGCUGUUCGAGAUCGUCUUCCAGCUGCUGAAUUACUUCACGGGCGUCUUCGCUUUCUCCGUCAUGAUAGGGCAGAUGAGAGAUGUGGUCGGCGCCGCCACCGCAGGGCAAACUUACUAUCGGAGCUGCAUGGACAGCACCAUUAAAUACAUGAACUUCUACAAAAUCCCCAAAACUGUUCAGAACCGGGUGAAAACGUGGUACGAGUACACGUGGCAUUCACAAGGCAUGCUCGACGAGUUGGAGCUGCUGGUGCAGCUGCCAGACAAGAUGAGGCUGGAUAUCGCCAUCGACGUCAACUACAACAUCGUGAGCAAAGUGGCCCUCUUCCAGGGCUGCGACAGGCAGAUGAUUUUCGACAUGUUGAAGCGGCUCAGAUCGGUGGUCUACCUGCCUAAUGACUACGUGUGUAAGAAGGGAGAAAUUGGCCGCGAGAUGUACAUUAUCCAGGCGGGACAAGUGCAGGUGCUGGGGGGACCCGAUAGCAAAACCGUGCUGGUGACUCUGAAAGCCGGAUCUGUGUUUGGAGAAAUAAGCUUGCUGGCAGCGGGAGGGGGAAAUCGCCGAACGGCAAACGUGGUGGCUCACGGCUUCGCCAACCUCUUCAUUUUGGAUAAGAAGGACUUGAACGAGAUUUUGGUGCAUUAUCCGGAGUCCCAGAAGCUGCUGCGUAAGAAGGCCAAGAAAAUGCUGAAAACCAGCAAUAAACCCAAGGAUGAGAAAGGAGCCCCCAGAGACCCACUGAUCAUCCCCCCGAAAGCUGACACCCCAAAACUCUUCCAGGCUGCCCUGGCUGCCACGGGGAGGAUGGGGGGCAAGGGGCCGCUGGCCCAGCUCCGGUGGAGGCUGAAGGAGCUGAAGGCAAUGCAGGCGACGCAGGAUUCCAGCUUCAGUCCGAUCCCACCGAAAUCACCAGUGCACCGGAGAUCGCCUGUCACCUCCCACAAAGCACGUACCCACCUGGGAGAAGAAAUAUUCUCAAAAUCUUCUGAUAGUUUAGUCACCAUUCGUGUGAUUCCCACGGCACAGGAGGAUGAAGAAAUUCUUGCUGCUGAGAUUUCGGAGAAAGAAGAAGAAAAAGAAGAGAAAUAAAAAAGAAGCAGGUCCUGGGGCGGGAGUAGGAGUCAGGCAAACGCCUGGGGUAGAAAGUUUUUGUCGUUAUUAAUUUCCACGCAGAGGCUGUAGGCUUUGCUAUGUGCUGCCGGUAGGAUCUGCCUUUCUUUUCUGCUUAGACCUUCACCUGCUGUUGAUAAAACCCACUGCCAUAUGACCCAGAACCAUACAAGGUUUCCGUGCUCCGGAGAUCUAUUUUUAUUGAGCAUCUUUAUGAAUAUUCCCACUAAAUCUCAGUCCAGCCCUCUUGUUUCAAAACCCAGCCUUACAGAGAGGGAGCCCUGAAGAAAUUGCUUUUUAUGGCUCUGUAUGGUUAAUGAGCUCUCAGACAAAGCGUGAAGAGUUAUUCACCUCUGACAGCUGAGUCACUGCUUGGCCAGAAACAACCCGGGGCGGG